CAGAAACCGAUCCACCUCUUACAUGCCCUUCGUGUAAUGUAAUCAUUGAGCUGACUAGAGAAGAGGCAGUACUCGCCUCUGGAAAAUAUCAUCUUCAAAAAAAACAAACUGACACUGGACAGGGUAAUGAGGAGCUCAUGACUUCGUUAGGAUUGGUAGAAGGUGGCUCUCGUGCUGGACAAGGGAGUCAGUCGAAGCAAGUCACUAUGCAGGAUCAGGCAACAAGCCCAAUCGUGAUUGAGGAUGAUACUUCUGAAAAUAAUGAUGAUGAAAGGACACCAGAUGCAUCAAACCGCUCCGCCAAUGUACAAGAUAAUCUGGAGAAUACACCUAAUGAAAAUAGCGGAAAUGAUUCCCAGGAUUCAGCUACAAAUGAUGGGAAUAAUAAUACUGCUCAAAAUCGGCCAUUGAGACAUUCGCCAAGGCAUUCAUCAAGACAAUCAGUUACCUCUGGAAAUAAUAACCGUGAGCACAAUAUCUUGCAGGGCUUAUUGCAAGAAUUAUCUACACCCGUUAGGGGGGAAUCUAUUGAGAAUAAUGAAGUGGCUGAGGAUGAUUCGGAAGCUUCAAUGCCAAAGACUUUAGCCCGCCUCUUCCAGAAAGCUU